CUGCCAUCACAACCGUCCGCAGCGUCAUGGCCGCCGUCUGAUAUUGUUUGGGUUCAGUUCACUGCAGGAGGAAGGCGACAGAACAUCGUCGGGCUGAGGGAAAGCAACGAAUGUGAUCUACUCGAGGAACCAUGAUCUCCUCCAUAGUUUCGAGGCUUGUGAUAUUGCUGUUCGGCACGCUCUACCCGGCCUACGCCUCCUACAAGGCGGUCCGCACCAAGGACGUCAAGGAGUAUGUGAAAUGGAUGAUGUACUGGAUAGUGUUCGCACUCUUCACGUGCGCCGAGACAUUUACCGAUGUUCUUCUCAGCUUUUGGUUUCCAUUUUAUUAUGAAAUAAAAAUAAUUGUAGUUCUAUGGCUUCUUGCUCCCGCCACUAAGGGGUCUAGUAUAAUAUAUCGCAAGUUUGUGCAUCCUACCUUCACAAAGAAAGAGAAGGAAAUUGAUGAGGCAAUAAAAAAUGCCAAGGUCCAGGGUUACAGCACAAUAUUAAAGCUUGGAGCUCGGGGAGUUGACUAUGCUAAAUACAUUUUGAUGCAAACAGCAAUUAAGGGUGGCGGAGGGCUUAUGAACCAAUUGCGAAAGAGCUACAGUUUGUCUGAUUUAUCAGACUCCCAAGAUGAGUUGAAGUACAGGGCUAUAGGCUUGGGAAGCCUCCAGGAGGAACAAGAUGUUGCGGACCAUAGUGGAGUCCAUGUUUAUCCAGAUCUACAAUACAUGAGGAGAUCCUAUGUACAUCCUGGUCAGCGGUCUGGUUCAGUAUCUAGUCCAAUGGAAAUAUACUUCUCUGAGGUGGACUUAGAUUUAAAGCAGAGAGGGAAGGGAGAUAGACCAAAUGCUGUAUGCCUGCCUCAAUCAAUGGAAGAUGUGAGUUCUGGGUAUUCCAGCGCCGACCAUUUGUUUAGUUCAUCUCAAGGGAAUUCUCCAACCAGUGACCAUACCUUAGAGGAUAUAUUCUUACGAUCCGCACAUAUUAAAUCAAGGAGGCCAAUCUACAGUGGUAAUUCUUCCUCUAACAGGAGCUCUGAGGGAGUGGCAUCAUUGGUGGACGAGUUAGAUAUUUCAAAGGAUGGAGUACCCUCUCAAUCUCCUUUCCUAUCCCAUUCCAUGUUAUCUGAAAUUAAAUCCUUGCUGUCAUCAAGAAAAGGAGACAUAAACAAAAUACUUUCCUCCCAAACUCCAAGUGGAAGUCCUCUAUAUACAAAAGUUUCUGAUAGUAUUGUGACAAAAACAAACCAAAUGAGAUUUCUGAAAGACAAUGACGAGAUGAUCAAGAAAAAUAUUUCAAAAGGAAAUGAAGGUCCUAAUGAUUCCAUCUCAAUGUGCCAACCUUCACUUAACGUUGAAAAAGCAGAUGGUUCAGAGUCAAUUUUUUUAUCUGACACACUGUGUGAUGAUAGCCAAGAUUUUAAGGAUAAAGCAGCCCGUGCAGGACGCUAUAAAAAGUUACGAGCCCCAGUGCCUCCUAGCAAAUCCACAAGUGAUAUAGAAAGUAUGUCAAAUCCUGAGCAUGGUACAGUUGUGAAGGCUCGCAUGUCUCUUGUGUCUUCUCGAAGACUGAGUGGUAGUGUUAAUAUUUUAGUUGAGAGUAAUGCCAGAACAGCAAGCAAAAAUACUAAACCUACUAGUGUUCUUCUCUUGAGGAGAGAAUCAAGCAAUCCCUGUAAAACCCAUUCUCUGAUGAAAAAGAGGAGUCCACUUCAUAAUCCCUACUUAUCUAUGCCAAAUCUGUUUAACCUUUCCUCUACUGUCAAACCUACCCAACCGAUUGCUAAUUCAAAAUAUAUGAAAAUAACGAAAUCAUAAUGUUUAACUCCCUAUGCCUUUGUACUCCUUCCAAUCAUACUAAAGUUUCAUCAGCUUUUGCUUAUAAGAUAUGGUUGAAGCAUGUGGUGUGAAAGCUUCAAAUACACACCGACUUGAAAGGACCAACCAGGUGCUAACGCUUUCUGCAUAUAACAUAGGAAUAUUCUCGCAAGGUUUUAUGUUUUGUGUGUUUGUGUGUAUGUUGAGUUUGAGUCUUGAUACCAAUUAACUGUUAUUGUUGCACACCACAUGAAAUCAGAUGAUGAACUGUACUUCAGUGAAAAGUUAAUAGGUUUUGGUUUUUCCUGUAUCAAAAACACUGUUUCAUUUUACUCUCUCAAUUUUUACUAAAUGUACAGAUGCCGGGGUAUGUCACUCUCCCUCGCCUUCGGAGGACUUCGAGAAAACGAAUCAUACCGUGAAGCCAGCAAGUAAUACGUUAGAUUGAAA